CCCUACCCCAAACCCAAAAUCCCCAAUGUCAAAAAUCCCUAAUCCCUUCCCCCUUUUCCAUUCCCGCUGGUUUUUCCCCCCUCAACCAAAAAUCCCCAAAAAAAACCCUAAUAUGCACACAGCUCUCUCAUUCCUCUCAUUUCAUCUCAUCUCAUCAGUCUCUUUCUCACUCUCAUUUUCAUCUGCACAAAUCGACUCCACACCGAUCAAACUCGCAAGAUCGACUCCUCACCGAUCGACCUCACUCUCUCAUUGCACCGAUCGAUCUCAUAGGUACGCCAAUGUAAAAACACCAGAACGACAUGUGCGGACACGCCUUUAUUUCACAUCGAUCUGUUUCAAGAUUAUGUUGCUAGUUCAAGAUUAUGUUGCUAGUUCACAAGUUUUGUAUUGGCAUCUAGGUAGUGAUUGCAAACUUUGUGGUCGUAAUUAGUUUAAGGAUUUUUGUUAACAAGUGUUUUACUGAUAUUUGUUCCACUUCAAGAUUCUUGAUGGUGCAAAGUUGAAAGUGGCUUUUGAGAAAGCUAAAGUUAGGAAAAUAUGAGUCUUGGAUUAGGCAGAAGUGACAUAUCAUGCUUACCAGAAGAUUCAAGAUGUUUCUCUGCUUCAUUUUGUAUGGUCUUUUUUGCUUUACCAAAUCAUUAGGUCUUGAUCACAAAAAAGGGCUAUGAGUAAGUAAUUGAAACUUAAUUGUACUAAGACAUUUCUCAACACCUACUCAACUCAGCACACAAAUAAUAAUGAAAAAUCUCCCGGUGUGCCAUACACAUUGUAUGCAACCAUUCCACAAAAUUAUAUAAGUUUUCAUGAAUUUACAUAAAUGAUUUCACAAAAAUACGUAAACUGAAUAUAAGUUUUCAUAAAAGUAUUAGCGACGGCAUUAGAAGUAUUAGCGACGGUAUUUUACCGUCGCAAAAAGUCAAUUUUUUGUAGUGAAUUUAUUUAUUUAGUUCCCUAUUUCACUUUGUUAAUUUU